AUGCUACCCUUCGUUUUCGCCAUUCAAUUGGUCAACAAGAAUACCUGGCUCCUGCAUAAUCUCACAUUUGGCUACAAUGUCCAUGACAACUAUUUGAGCACCCUUCACACUUCUGAUGCCUUGAUGGACACGCUCUCUACUGGAGAAGUCAAUGUUCCCAACUAUAGCUGUGGAAGGAAGGACAAUCUUAUGGUUAUUAUUGAUCGAGGUCUCAGGGAAAUUUCCACACAGAUAUCAACAUUAGUAGGCACCUACAAAGUCCCACAGAUCACUUGUAGAUUUGUUUCAGAGGCUCUGAGUGAUAAAAGUCAUUUCCCCUUUUUCUACCGGAUGGCCCCCAAAAACUAUAAUACCAUGAUUGAUGGAAUUUCUGCUCUCCAUUUCACACUUGGAGAUUUGCCAGGAACCAUUGAAGGGAAAGUCUGGAUCAUCACACUCUUUGGAGAAUUACCAAUUGUCAAAGCCAACAACCGGGAUCUCUCCUACGUCAUCCUUGUAUCCCUCCUGCUUUGCUUCCUGUCUCCUUUACUCUUCAUUGGUCAACCAAGGAAAGUCACCUGCCUUCUCCGACAAACAGUGUUCAGCAUUGUCUUCUCAGUAGCCGUGUCUUCUGUGUUGGCCAAAACAAUCACAGUGGUGCUGGCUUUUCUGGCCACAAAACCAGGAAACCGAGUAAAGAGAUGGUUGGGGAAGAGCUUGGCCAACUCCAUCAUCCUUUCUUGUUCCUCUAUCCAAAUUAUCAUCUGCUCCAUCUGGCUGGGAGUUUCUCCCCCAUUCCCUGACUCUGACCUCCACUCCCAGCCAGGAGUGAUCAUCCUUCAAUGCAACGAAGGUUCUGUCACCAUGUUUUAUAUUGUUCUGGGCUAUAUGGGUUUCCUAGCUGCCAUAUGCUUCUCAGUAGCUUUCCUGGCCAGGAACCUGCCUGGGGCCUUCAAUGAAGCCAAACCGAUCACCUUCAGCAUGUUGGUAUCUUCAGGGGAUACCAUGAUUAGUAGUAUCAAAGGCCAGAGAGAGGUCAUGUAG